GGUGAACCCGUGCGUUAUAUAAGUUAUAGUAGGUGAAUGGUCAGAGUAAUAGUGUGUUGGAGCUGGUGUUUGUGUCAACGACUCCUGUGUGCGUGGAACGUGUGCUCAGCUGCCUUUUGCUUCACUUCGCUUCACCCCUGACCAACUGUCAGACAGAAAAACAAGCAGGUGAAGCGUUGAGGGAGGCAGACUCACGUUGGCAUCUCACCUGCUCAGGUAACGGAGACACAGACGCGCAUCGAUGUCUGCAACUGUGGGACCCGUCUCCUCGGUGUCCACUGGGGUCCGAACCAUGUUCGCAAUGCUCACACCGAAUGAGUCCUCCUUUGAGAAAGUGGAAGAUGUGCCUCUCUAUGUGCAACAGGCCACUCCUUUCUUUGUGGGUCUGAUGGUGUUGGAGCUAGUCGUGGGUGUGCUGAAGACGGGGGCCCCGGUGGUGACAAUCAAUGAUGGACUCACCUCUAUUUCAGCAGGAAUGAUCUCCAGACUCCCUAUGUUGUUCUUUCGUGGCUUUGAGCUGACAACGUACAUGUAUGUAUGGGACCAGUACCGCCUAGUGGAACUGCCCUGGGAUUCUGCCUCGACCUGGUGGCUCACCUUUGUGGGAGUGGACUUCUGCUACUACUGGGUCCACCGCUUUGCUCAUGAGGUGUCCAUCCUGUGGGCUGCCCAUCAGGUCCACCACAGCUCUGAGUUCUACAACAUGACCACGGCCCUCAGGCAGUCCCUCACCCAGCAGUUCACAUCAUGGAUGUUCUACCUGCCCAUGGCUCUGGCUAUCCCUCCAUCAAUUUUUGCCGUUCACAUUCAGUUGAAUCUACUUUACCAGUUUUGGAUCCACACAGAGUUGAUCAGAGACCUCGGACCUUUGGAGUGGGUCUUUAACACCCCAAAGCAUCACAGAGUUCACCAUGGGAGGAACCUGUAUUGCAUUGACAAGAAUUAUGGUGGAAUACUGAUCAUAUGGGACCGACUGUUUGGUACUUUUGCUCUAGAGUCGGAUAAAGUGGUGUACGGUCUCGUCUUCCCUAUCAAGACUUUUGACAUCCUCUAUGUCCAGCUACACUACUACUGGGGCUUGUGGAGAAAGUCCAAAAAGUACAACAUCACCAACAAAUUGUCAACUUUCAUCAAAGGGCCGAGCUGGAAGCCAGGUAAACCCCGGCUGGGUGACCACUGUGAAAACCCAAAGGUUACAGGAAAGGAAGUGCCUUAUGAUCCCAGCUGGCCACUGCCUUUGCAAGUUUAUGUAGUUUUACAUUUCCUGCUGGUGCUGUGGGCUUACCAUGAUGUGUUUGAAAACAAGAUGAUGCUGUCCCAGUUAACUGUGUUGGGGAUGACCUGCUACAUUCUGUUAACACUCACGUCCCUGGGUUACAUCAUGGACCAAAGGCCAUCAGCAGCUGCCUUGGAGAUGCUGCGGUGUGUCAUCAUGGUAACAAUGCAGAGAUACAGCUACGUGACUCCUUUGCUGCCUUCGUUGGCUGUAGCCACAAAGGCCUUUGUCUCCCUCUCUCUGCUGUUCUGGGCUCUGCACUGCUUUACCCAGCUGCUCAGCAUCAAGAGGAAAACGGGAUGAGUCGACAGACUGACGCCUCUCAACCAGACAACUGGCAGGGAGAUUCGCCUCUUCUUAUGCAUAGUAGCAGCUGAUGCCUAAUGUUCUAAUCAUUCUAAACUAAUACUAUAGUAUGUUAGUGUGAAUGUGGCAUACUGUAGAGCAACUUCUCAGUUUUAAUGGGAAAGCACUGAAGAGACCAGUGGACCCACUUCUGAUACUUUGGAUGUACUUCCUUGCAUAUUUAAUACUACUUAACUAUGUAUGUAUUGUGUAAGGCUAUAUGCAAAAGCUAAGAGAUUAACACAUUUUAUAGCAUUGAUGGAAUUCCACCUGCAAAUCAGAGUGAGGGAUAUCAAACUGAAAAGCUUUCUCAACAUAAUUUAGUUUCUCAAAUAAUGAGAUCCUUUACACAAAUAAGAUAUUUUUUCAAGUGACAUUUUUUUCAAUAGAAUGAGGUUUUAAAAAAUUACACUGUUUCUUAAAAUAAUGGGGUAAUUUCUGAAAUAGAGAUUUUAUAAAAUUAAAAAUUCUCAAUGAUAAUAGUUGUAGUAAUAGUAAUAAUAGUAGUAAUAGUAAUGUUUUUAAAAGUUUACUUGAUUUCCCUAAAGUAAUGACAUAAUUUCUCAUUCAAGUAAUAGUUUCUCAAAAUAAUUAGAGUUUAUCAAAGGAUGAGAUAUGUCCUCAUACGAAUUUUAUAUUUUCUCAACUCAAGUACAUACUUUAAAAAAAAAAAAAAAAAAAAGACAUAAUUAGUGAGGUAAUUUG